GAUAAACACCUCAUGCAAAAAUCCCCUUACACUCCAGUGACUCAUUAUCUACCCGGAUGUGAUUAAAUCAAUACCAUAAACUGCAUAAACAUGAUAAUUUGAAAGUUUGACAUCGAGACAAAGUUAACUACUCCAAAAAGCAUGUGCGUUCGAGUUUUGUUUUCCGUGUCCUUAGUUUGUGCAUUUCGUUUCAGUACGGGAAGCAUUAGUUUAAGCAAACAAAUGAGUCCGCCCGUUUGGAGAAUUGAAUGUAUUUCAGAUCAAGACAUAACAGUUAUUUACCAAAGCGAAUUUUCGAGGACCGAUAAGCAGAUUGCUGAGUGUCAAAAGGUCUCGAAAUCGUGUCAUCUUAUGGAACAAAAUUACGGUGACAAAUACGCAGUCUACUAUAUUUAUGACGGUGUAUACUUAAUUAUCAUAACAGACAAUGCAAAUACAAGAGGACAAUACAAAUGUUGCGAAAUGAAUAAUAAUCUUACAUGUGCUGGCACGGAAAUAGGACCAUUCGCCAAACCAACGACUCAGAUGACCACAGACAGGCCACUUCAUGUACAAAAAAUCUAUUGUGAAGCAGCACAUCCGACGGAAAACGGUAGAAACAGCGAUCUCUUAAUAUUUGCGGUAAUCGUAGUGAUACUUGGAGCUGCUGUGCUAUGUGUGUUUCUCCUGAAAGAACGGUGUCCUAAGAUCGGAAACAAUGGGAAGCCGAGGCAUCAAAGAAGGGGUUCGUUUGAGGUUGAGGACCCAGAGAAUGGCGCGAACCUGAACAGAUGGCGAGAGUAUGAAGAUACGACACAUAAUUCUGCAUCAAAAGGACAGAGGCGGACACAGAGAACAACCGAGCCCUCCAGAUAUGUCUAUAACGGUCAAUAUGACGAAAACAAUACGGUACAGAGAACAACAGGGUGCACCAGAUAUGUCUAUAACGGUCAAUAUGACGAAAACAAAACGGUACAGUUAAAAAUUGCGGCGCAUAGUGCUGCAUCUAAACGACCUGAAUGGACAAAGAACCCGGUCCGUAAUUGGAGGUCUGUCCAUGGCAAAGGAUCUUCGAUCGAGGCUGCGGACGCCGAAUGCAAGCGUCUUAUUGAACACGGGUCACAGGUUUCUGACAAUGACGACCAUAAAUAUACAGACUGGAAAUGUUUUACACCAAUACGUGACAGACCGGAGGAUACUGUCGGGACUGACACAACUGCUUUACCGGACGAUGAACAUAUAAUAAUCACCGGAGAACAGAGAUCAUCACAGAUACCAGAUGGGAACUCAGUACAAUCCGUCGCACAAAGCUUAACGACUGUCGAAGUUCACAUUCCAGACCCUCGUGAUGUAAAGAGAGGAUAUGACGAUUUCUCCGAAAUAACAGCUCUGAAACACUCCGAUGUUAGAGUGCAUGACGAUGUCGAAAUGACAACUCUGAAACGCUUAGCUGCUCCGGCUCAACAUUAUUCGGUUGAAGAUGAAUGUGGAAGCACGGAGGUUACCGCAGUCAAUCAAUCUCCAACAGAGGAGGAUCUUGUUUAUCUGGAGACUCAGGAGACUCAGUUGUGACAUGCAACAGACAGCGUCUCGAGAGCAAAACACAAACACACACACACACACACAUACACACACAAUUAAAUCUGAAAUAACAGGACGCUGUCGAGACGGUUUCGAUUCGCUGUCCUGCGAUUUGGAAAUCAAAAAAUAAUUUAAUCCUUCAUCGUAUAAACAAAAUAUGAAUUUUGAGCUUCGUGUUUCAGACUUUUUCUCGAUGUUGAGUGCGCUAUUUGUUCAAGAUCACAUAUCUUCUUAAGAUCACAAGAUGUUCUAAAACAUUUGACAAUCCCGACAUUUACUUUUGCCUUAUGCAGUUUUACAUUUUCCCAGUGGAUCACUGUAAAUCGACAGUUCAACAAUUUAUAUAUCGUAACUCUUAUUUAAAUGAUGUCCUUAUAAAACAGAGGAUUUUGACGCGAAAGCCUUUUUCAUCGUCUUCGAAUAUGAUCAUGUUUUUAUUCGUACCUUUAUCGGCACUUGUUUCAAUCAGCAUGUGUCUUCAGAUAUGACAAAUUACCUAUUGACACCAAACUUAGAAUCUUUUAAUAUAAAUACCGCAUGCAUACUUUAUCAAACAUUACCGCCAUUACCUCCUCUAUUAUAAAUAAUAGGAUGAUCGAAGAAUUAAUCAGGACAACAUAAGAUAAAUUACAUAUUUUGUAUACUCGCUGGACGCAUUUUAUGUUCAAUAAGUACACCUGAUUAAUUUGACGGUUUACCGUCCCAUAUAAAAUUAAAUAUUUCUGAUUUUAUAUCUUCAAUAAUAUCAUUUGGUGGGUUUGGGAGAACUGUUAGUGUAUACAUUAUUUUAGGGAGUGCAAACGUUUUUAACACGUUUGUUUUCCGAUUAGUGUAAGUUUACGAUGCUGCCAUGAUUUUAGACAAUUUUUGAAUUUUUGUAAUUUAGGCAAUGUGUUUUUUAGAAAUUUGUCAUUUUCAUUGUUUGUAAAGGUAAUUCCUAACGAUGUUGCUUUAUAUGAUGUCCAGUUGAAUUUCAUUUCUUUUUUAAGAUGAAUAUUGCUUUGUUUAAAAUUUACCUACUCGUAGCACAGUGCAUUUACUUGUGUUUAGUUUAAGACCCGAUGCCAUUCCAAAAAGGGUAAGCGAUUCUAUACUAUUAUCGAAUGAGUCACUACUGUCAUUUAAAAAUAUGUUGCAUCGUCAGCAUAUAGGGACUGUUUAAUUUCUUCGUCAGGUUCUAGCGAUAUUCCUUUUAUAUGUGUAUUUGAUUGGAUAUAGUGUGAUAGAUACUCGAUGCAUAUAAUAAAUAGCGAGAUGAAAGUGGACAUCCUUGUCUUACUCCUUGUUUGAUGUUAAAACUGUUUGAGAAAAAGCCAUUAUUGAUUAUUAUACUGUUAAUAUCGGUAUAAAAUAGUUCAACCCAUUUAAUUAGACUUUCACCAAAAUUAAUAUUUUCUAAGCAGGAGAACAUAAACGAAUGGUCUGGUGAAUCGAAAGCCUUUUCGAAGCCUGCAAAGAAAAUUAGGCCUGAAUUUUUUGGUUGGUUGAAAUAAUUUAUGCAUUCUUGUAUCAGACGUAGGUUUUCACCAAUGUAACGUCCUUAAAUGAAACCAGAUUGAGAUCUUGAAAUGAUUAAGGGUAAUAUUUUUUAAAUUCUGUUUGAUAUACUUUUAGUUGCAAUUUUAUAAUCAUUGUUCAGUAAACUAAUCGGACGCCAGUUUGAUAAGGAUUCUAAGUUUUUUUCCAUGUUUUGGAAUGAGUGAUAUUAUACCUUGUUUUUGUAACGAAGUUAAGUUUUCGUUGUUAAAUGAAUAGUUAAGUGAAUUAAUUAAAUGUAUUUUAAUAUCAUUCCAGAAUAUUUUAUAAAAUUCGAUUGUGAUACUAACAGAUCCCGGACUUUUGUUAUUUUGCAUUUCUUUUAGUGCUUAUCCACAUUCAUAUUCAUUAAGUAAUCCGUUGCACAGUAGUUUUUCUUCUUGAUGUAAAGCAAGAUGUGUGUUUUUAAAAAGGGUGUUAUUUCUAGUAUUUGAGUUCUGUUUGUUAUAUCUUCGCCAUUGACUACUUAUUUGUGUACAGCUUUUGUGUUCACUUGUACGUUUUUCGAUGUUUGCGAAGCAUUUUGUAUUGUUUUCAUUGUGCUCAACAUGCUGUGCACGUGCUCGUAGUAUUAUUCCAUUGAGAUGUAUAUGAUAAAUUCCUUCUAAUACUUGUUUUUUUAUGUUAUUUCAUUUUCAAUGGUUUUGGUAUCUUUUAUGUUUGUUUCAUGUAAUUGCUUUUCAAGUGUUUCAAUGAUUUUGAUGGUUUCAGAUUCAAGUUUGUAUGUUUCUUUUUGUUUAAAUGAUGUGUAUCUUAUUGUUGUGGUACGUAUGUUUCCUUUAAUUACUUCCCAUAAGGUGUUUAGGUUCGCAUCUUUAUUAUUUUGAACUGCAUUGAAUAUUUCUUGUUUUAUUUGCGUGUGAUAUUGUGUUUCUAAUAAGAUGCUGUUAUUGUCCCCUACCGGAGAAACCGGAGGAGACUUAUGGUUUGCGCUCUGUGUGUCCGUCAGAGUGUCAAUCAGUCAAUCAGUCAGUCAGUCAGUCUGUCACACUUUUCUGGAUCCUGCGAUAACUUUAAAAGUUCUUAAUUUUGUUCAUGAAACUUGAAACAUGGAUAGAUGGCAAAAUGGAGAUUAUGCACGUCGUUUCAUUUUGUUCCUACGUCAAAAAUUCUGGUUGCUAUGGCAACAAAUAGAAAAAAAUAUGACAACGGUGGAGUUUCAUCAGUAGGGGACAAUAUUGCUUGACAAUAGUCUUGUUAAUUUUAAAGUAUCAUGGGCCUGUUUUUGGUUGUGUUGUGUGUAGGUCAAGUUCAACUAGAGAGUGGUCAGUCAUAAAUCCUGGUUUUAUGCUACAUUUGUCUAUAAUGUUGCAAAGCGACUCAGAUAUUAAAAAAAUAGUGUAUUCUACAAAAUAUUGUUGGUUUUGUGUUUGAGUGCCAGGUGACUUUGCUUUCGUUUGGGUAUACUGUACGCCAGAUAUCUAUCAUAUUGUAGUUUUCAAUUAUGUUAUUUAAAAUGUUUCUAUUUUUAGGAUGAGUAUAAACGUUUCCCUUCUUUUUAUCUAAUAAUAGGUUAAGAACAUCAGUGAAAUCACCACCGACUAUAAUGUUUGUAUCUUGGUUAUUAAUUAAAAAGGUUUGUAAUGUUUCGUAAAAUGUGGAAUCAUCUAUGUUAGGGCCGUAAACGUUGAUAAAUGUUAAUUGUGUUUCGUGUAUUUUGAUAUCUUUACUUGCGUGUCUGCCAAUUAUUAUUUCGUUAAAGUUAUCGACUGUGAUCCCUAUAUUAUUUUUUAUCAGAAAGGCAAUGCCUUGUUUAUUAGUAUGUUGUCCACUGAGGUAGAUAUCUCCGUCCCAUUCAUCUUUUUAGGUUUGUGCUAAAGUUUGUGUCAAGUGACUUUCUUGUAAUACGCAUAUGGGUUUUUUUCACACCAAUUAUUGUUUUCAUAAAUGAUAUGUACCAUGAUUAAUGCAGAAACAUUUCGUGAAACAAAUAUGCAAAUUGUGUGUAUUUUAAACAUAAUUUAUUAUAUGCAAAAUGUAUUAAAUUACGAUGGAAAUAAAAAAUGAAAUGACAA